AUGAAAGAAUUUAUGGGCGCGCCAACAGAAGAAACAAGUACAGAAGCGGCCGAGAACUCGGCAACAAACACAGUAAAUGAUGCUGCAGUAACAAACAAAACAACAAAAGAUAAAAAGCCAACCACACACCGUAUAGCUCUUGGAGAUGUCACACAUAAUAAUUUAGGACAACUUAAACGGUUAAAUAUUGUUCUUUUCCCCGUAAGCUACAGUGAAAAGUUUUAUAAAGACGUAUUAGAAGUUGGAGAAUUUGCUAAACUUGCAUAUUUCAACGACAUAUGUGUCGGUGCUGUUUGCUGUCGAAAAGAACCAAUCCAAGAUACCUUACCAGAACAAGCCAAACUUUAUAUAAUGACAUUGGGAGUUUUGGCGCCUUAUCGUAAUCUCGGAAUAGGUACAGCUUUGCUGAGACAUAUUUUACAUCAUGCAACAUCGGGAGCACCAUCCACACCAAAAUUUACCGAGAUAUAUCUUCACGUUCAAGUUUCUAAUGAAGAGGCAUUAGCAUUUUAUAAAAAAUAUGCUUUUGAAAUUGUAGGAACAGUGGAAGGAUAUUAUAAGAGAAUAUCACCACCAAACGC